AGCUAUCUAUAUCCACUUGGCAAAGAUUUUCAUAUUCGAAGGCACUAAAAAGAUAGUACGAUGUCUUUGUCGCUAUUUGAAGAUUUUAGCAAGUAUAUUUGAUUUGGCUUUACCGAACACAAAUUAAACUAUGAGCUCUCGGCAGUCGGCUCUGCGUACAUUAAUUUAAAUAUUAUUUCAUUUAUCUCUCACGAUUUCUUAUCUAAUUGACAAAGUAUCAAAUUUGUCUGAAUAUGGGCCACUGAACUUAGUAUCUGUUACUGUAAGAGAAUGGCAAGAUUGUUUUCCUGACGAAAGGAAGGGCUUGAGGCGCGUUGAACUUUCGGAAACUGAAACAUACCAAGAAUAGAUGGUUUAAAAAACAUCAGUUUUUGACAAGUUUAAUUGGGGUAGGUCUAUUAAGUAGGUGAGAAAAGAGUAAACUAACAUGAUGCAAAUUACACUCAAUUAUCGCAACACACUCCUUUUGUCGAAGGCUGCCGUGAUCGAAUUGGUUUUGGAUUGUAGUAGGCUAGUGAGCUAUGUUUCAUGAUAUUUCUUGCUCAAAACGGCUCACUGAUAUCUCGGCUAAAAAUUUCUGUUAAUAUAUUAUGACUCUGGUGUAGGUACAAACUUGGCGAUAAAAGUGAAAUCGAAGGCAAGAAAUUUUAUUUACAUUUCCGAAAUUAUUAUUCCGGCAGCGUGUGCAGCUGUCAGAACUGAACGUUUUUGCGUAGUUUCACUUCGUUGCAAGGGGUAUUUCAAUAAAAAAUACAGAAGAAAAAUUGAUUUUAAAAUAAGCCCUUGCUCGAUAAAAAUAGACUUCAAUUUAUUCACCAAAUUAUUUAAGUUGGAUGGUCUAAACUGGCGAUGAAGUGUUUCAAUUCUAUUUUCAAUUUGCUUUUCUUGGGGAGGACACUGGACAAUUGGCAGAUGAUCAGAAAUACAUUCCACCAAAACAUCACUGUUCCUUUUUUAUUGUAAACAUUUGUCCAUAUAGGAUCUGUAUAAAUAGCAAGCUUGAGGUUAUUCUGGUAGGACCAUUCAUCAGAGAAUAAUAGGCCAUGAUGUGCAUAAUCUCAACAAAUAAGCUGGUAAAUAUAUUAGACUCAUCAAGAAGAUUAUAGUUGAUGUUUAAAUCUCGAUUUUCAAAAUUUUCUAAGGACUUUUGCAUGAUACCUCGAGUCCCCUCAAUUGAAGACAGCAUCUAUAAUUCCACGAAUAAUGGACAAAAUUUUAUAUCGACUUCAGACGGGACAUUGCCGUUUAAAUGGGCACCUCCAUAAAAUAGGAUGCCAUAAUAAUGGACUUUGCGAUUUCUGUAAUGUUCCAGAGACAGUAGAACAUUUUCUAAUGAACUGUCGUGCAUAUAGAAAUGAAAGACGCAUACUAAAGAUGAAAUGCCGCGAUUAUGUCAUUGAUUUUCAACUCAAAGCUAUCUUACGCGACCCUAGCAUUUUCCCUGCUCUUGUUGAUUUUGUGAAAUCUACCAAGAGAGUACUAUAGGCAUAUACAAAAUUUAGAUUUAAAUUGUCUGGCGCAAAAGACUUAAAUUGUUUGAAGCGCCCUAUAUUUCCAUACAACACACACAUGACACCUCGAGUGUCAAUAGAAAAAACCGACGUAAGUGCGCAAGGAUAAGCUCGCUUCUUGAACUAAGUUUGUCGAGAUAGCCGAUAUCCAAGUGACGCUCAUUCAUGAACCACUCUCGACAAAGAAGUGCAGCGUCUGCGACAUUGCACACAGCUUGAACAAUAGUGUGCCGAUUAAAUUAGGUGAUAUUGCCGUGUUGCUGCAGUGGUUUCGGACCGGGCUCUACUACAAUGGGAUCUAAUUUUGAAAGUGUUUUGGAAAAAGUCGGUGGUUGGGGAAGAUAUCAAAAAAUAGCCGUGCCUCUAAUAUGUUUGAUGUUUGUUCCCCUCGGAUUUUUCGUUUUCACACCGGUUUUCACCUACCAAACCCCUCCGCACAGAUGCUUCAUAAAUGGAGUAGACACGGUGGCAGGAAAUGCUACCGUCGAAAUCAAUCACACAGUGCUGGAGUCUUACAUACCAUAUAACCUAUCCGAAAAUGGAAAAUCGGAGUUUGCCCGCUGUUCGAGGUUUGUAAUCACCGAAUCAACAUCAUAUUGGAAUGUUAACACAACGACUACACCUGUGUAUCAACAGACCAACACUACCAGAUCAAUGGAAAAAUGUCUCGAUGGUUGGAUUUACAUGGACCCAGAAGGUAGAACCAGUGCUACCACCGAGUACAAUCUGGUGUGCGAUGAUGCUUGGAAGAAACCAUUACUUACAUCGGGUUUGAUGAUCGGAUUGUUCCUUGGAAGCAUCAUAUCAGGACCUAUAACUGAUAGGUUUGGAAGAAGAACUACGUGUCUCGUUAACAUGGUAUUAAACACAGUCUCGGUGAUUGGAUUCAGCUUCAUUUCAUCUUACGAAGCUUUAUUGGUUAUGAUAAUUGCUAUUGGGACAAGUCAUAUAAUUUGGUAUUCUUGUACGUUCGUGUUAGCGCAAGAACUCGUUGACAGAAAACACCGAGCCCUUGUCGCCUGUAUGAUUAACGUUAUAUAUGCUAUUGGAUACAUGCUUCUGCCAGCAGUUGCAUACAUUUUCAAAGAUUGGCGUUGGAUUAUAAGAUCCCUUGGUCUUGGCAGUGCUUUUUUUCUUCCGUACAUUUUCCUCCUUCCAGAAUCGCCGAGGUGGCUUGCUUCACAAGGACGGAUUGAUGAAGCAAUUAAAGUAUUAAAACGAAUUGCAGUAAUAAACGGAGUAGAUCAAACGGUAUUGCAAGACCUAAACACAAACAACGUGGAAUUGGGAGAAAAUCUUCUUGAAAAAACAAAAGACAAAAACAAUGCAAACAAACAGCGUGAGAGGAGAAGAAGUUCUGUGCAAAUUUUAGCAAAGAAUUCCGUGAUGAGAAGACGAUCAAUAAUGAUAUGUUGGGUUUGGAACGUAACUUUUCUCUGCUAUUAUGCACUUGGUCUCAACACUUCGAAUUUGGGCGGAAGCAACUAUCUAAAUUGCUUUGCCGCAGCGGCUUUGGAAAUUCCAUGCCAUUUUCUCGUAGUUGUUGCAAUUCAAAAAGCUGGACGAAGAUCAAGUCUUACUACCUUUCUAGGACUCGCAGGAAUAUUUGUUGCGCUUUCGCCUGCAUUUCAAAAUUUUGAAGGAGUUUCUAUAACGUUUGCCAUGUUGGGUAAAUUUUUUGCCUCGUCAGCAAUGGGAAUUCUGUAUUUAUACACAUCUGAACUGUAUCCUACUCUUCUUCGAAACACUGGCAUCGGAAUCGCAUCAAUGACGUCACGAUUUGGCAGUAUCUGUGCUCCAUUCCUUGUAUUUGCAGGGGAAAAUGGUGGAAGGAAUAUACCUUUUUAUGUUAUGGCGGCUUUGGGAAUAUCAACUGCUGGACUCUGUUUAUUGUUACCAGAAACAAAACAAUCUCCUCUACCCGACACCAUGAAGGAUGCAAUUGAUUUGGAGAAAUUUAGAUUAUUUUUGUCCUCACGAAAAAAGAACCGCAAUGAGAGUCAAGCUGCUUUAACCAACGGUGACGAAUAUGAUGACGUCAUUCAUGAAUUUGAAGAUGAACAAAGCAAAGCCACUGUAGAGAUAAAUGUUUGAAAUUACCAAAUAUCAAUCCUAUUUUAAUGUAUCUCCACAUUCCGCUCCUAGACAAGCAGCUGUCGAUAUCCACUUGGCAAAGAUCGGUUUCUGAAUUAUUCCUUCUGAGAUUUUCAUAUUUGAAGGCACUGAGAAGUUAGUGUUAUGUCCUUGUCGCGCUAUUUGAAGCUUUUAGCAAGUAUAUUUGCUUUGACUUUAGCGAACACAAAUGAAACUAUAACCUCACGUCACUAGGUACUUAUUCAUUUGUGGGCAAUAUUUUUGCAUUUUGGGAUUAAAAUAAUAUUUCAAUUAGCUUUGCUACUAUUUCUUAUUCAAUUGAAAAAGUAUUACACUCGUCCAAAUAUGGGCCACUG